AUGAAGACGAUCAGGUUAGAUACUUCUUGGUUCGUCUCAGGUCCCGAAGGGAACCGAGAGGUAACCCUUCGCGACAGGUUGAGCGAGACCGGUUGGGAUGGGUGGAGGAUGAUCAAACGGGACGAGACCGACGACGCUGAAGACGACGACGACGACGAUGACGACCACGACGACGAUUCGAGCGACAAGAACCAGGACGUCAUUUUUCAAAGAGGACGUAACUCGGAUGCUCCUUAUACCAAAAGGAUCAAGUUCGAGGACGAAAACGACGACGACGCAAGCACCUCCCAAACUGUUGGAGUCGGCGACGAACGAAGAGAAGCUGAGACCGCAGAUGGCAAAGGAAACCUAACGGAAUUCUUUCCCGAGGACUCUCAACUUCCCGUCGACGACGAACGAACAGUCGGAGAAGGAAACCUCGCCGAUUACUUUCCGGGGGAUUCUCAGCUUCCAGUCGAAUCGUCGGACGAACAGGACAUUUCCGACCAAGACACGGUCGUUUACGGAGACGAAGAACUGGAACAGCAACUGGACGACUGGCUGUUCUCGAAAAUGUUGAAAAAUCAGUCUAUUAUCAGAAAAAGGACGGGGUCGAAGAUCCGUCGAAACACGAGGGCUUGGUCUCUGAUCGCCGAACUUCGCUUGGAAGAAGAUGCCGAAGACGAACGCCCGGAACGAAAAGAAGAGGAAGAAGGAGUUCGUGCGCCCGUCGAAAGCUAUGCGAACAAGGUACGCGUCGGCGACGACGACGACAACGACGACGAGAAAUCUCGCGGAGAUCUAUUGAGGGAACUUACCGAUCUCAAGGACGAGAUGUCGUGCAAGGUGUGCAUGGAUCGCGAUUCGAACGUCCUCCUGACUCCGUGCAACCAUCUCGUCUGCUGCGACUCGUGUUCCGUAAGGUUAGCGUCGUGUCCGAUCUGUCGUACAAAAGUAGGUGAAGUCGUCAAAGUUUACCACAGUUAG